GGCAUGGGACUGAUAUAGCAUAGGGCUGGCAUGGCAUGGGGCUGACAUGGCACAGUAUGGGACUGGCACAGCACGGGCAGCAUGGCACAGCACAGGGCUGGCACAGCAUGGCAUGGGGCUGGCACGGCACAGAACUGGCAUGGCAUGGCAUGGCAUGGCAUGGUUCUGGCACAACAUGUGGUUGGCACAACACAGCAUGGGACUAACACGGCAUGGGGCUGGCACGGCAUGGGUCUGGCAUGGUACAGUGCAGGGCUGGCACGGCAUGGAGCCAGAGCGACUCAGCAUGAAGUGGCACGGCACGGCAUGGGGCUGGCACGGCCUGGGCAUGGCACAGCAGGGGGCUGGCACAGCAUGGCAUAGGGCUGGCAUGGCCUGGGGACGGCGCAGCAUGCCAUGAGCCCCACAUGGGCCAGGGCUGGAAUGACACAUCACAUCAGACAGGAAGGCACGAGGCUGACAUGGCAUGGGGCUGAAAUGGCAAGAGACUGGCACAACAUGGGGCUGGCACAACAUGGGGCUGGCACGGCACGGGGCUGGCAUGGCAUGGCAGGGUGUGGGGGCUGACAGGGCACGGUACAUUCUGGGUUUGGCACAGCCUCCUGGCUCAGUACAGCCCAGUGUGGCACACUCUGGCGUGGCAUGGCACAGUAUAGCACAUCAUGAGGUUGGCAAAGGCUGGCACAGUCUGCCUGGCUCAGCACAUCCUGGCACUGCAGAGUCUGCCACAGCAUGGCACAGCAUGGCACAGCAUGGCACAGCAUGGCACAGCCCAGGCCUGGCACAGCCUUUCUGGCUUGACACAGCCCAGCACAACCGCUCUGGCACACAGAUGAUGGCCUGGGGCUGGCACAGUCUGCCUGGCAUGGUACAGCCCAGCAUGGCAGGGCCUGGGGCUGGCACAGCAGGGAUGGGGUUGGGAGCCUGGUGUGGUCCAGCCCAGGUUUGUCCUGGUUGCCACAGAGCAGCACAGAGCGUGUGGCCUGGGCACACUGUCCAGUACAGCCCAGCAUGGCAUGGCACAGCCUGGCCUGGCCUGGUUCAGCAUGGCACAGCCCAGUCCUGCUGUCUCUUUUGGCACAGCAAAGCCCAGCACGGUGCAGUCUGGCACGGCACAGCUUGGUGUGCCCCCCCACGCCGGGCAGGACAGGGGGGCACACCGGGAGGUGCCAGGGGACCCUCUGUGCCCGCAGCCCGGCCGUGCCCACGCUGUCCCAGCAGCGCAGGGACGCUGCCGCCACCGCCGCCCUCCGGCGCCGGGCAGGGGCCGCACAAGGAGCCGCUUUCUGCGGGAACAAGGGCACUCUGUGCCCGGUGCCACCCGGCUCCAUCGUCGCGGGUCACACGGCUCUGGUGCCCCGGUGCCACCGCGCUCUCCUGCUCACUGGGGCUUUGUUCUCGCGGCGCGGGGAAUGAGCGGCUCUGGGGACAAGCACGACAGCCCAAAAAAAACCCAGAGAACCCCAUCCUGGAGAUUCACCCCGUUACGGGCAGAGCAGAAACACGCUGAGUGCAAAAAAAAAAGAAAAGAAAAAAAAAUCAAAAACCCCAAGACUCCUCUUUCGCUUACCUUGCGCUUCUGGCCGUGCCGGGGCACGUGGCGCGGCCGGGACACGCGGGGCCGGCCUCAUCCCGGCACAAAAAGGGGGAUCUUUUGGUCGCUUUCUCUUUUGUUUUUUGCCCAAGUGGGGCAUGCACUCGCGUCUGGGGCUCUGCCCCGCCUGGGAACGGCACGCUCUGGGCAGAAGAGGAAACCCCGAGCGCGGGAAGCUGCGCUGAGCACCGGGGCUGCCGCCACGCCCGAGAGGGGCACGGGGGGUGCGGGGGCACCGGGAGGGGCAGCGGGGCCCCGGAUCCGCUGCGGGACACCCCGGCCAUGCUGGGGGGGCUGCUGGCGGCGCUGGCGGCGCUGGCGCAGGGCGGCACCCUGGCAGCCCACGACUUCUCCUGCUGGAAGAAAUGCGACACCCACAAGCCUUUCUACUGCUCCUGGCCGCCCCUCGGCCCCGCCGGCAGCACCUCCUACAUCCUGAACCUCUGCUUUGAGAAGCGCGGGCUGUGCCGCCGGUUUGAGGCGGGCACGGUGCCCAGCUACAGCCUCUCGCACACCCAAGUGUACACCUUGGUUAACACCACGGCCUGGGUGGAGGCACGCUGGGGGGACCAGCUCCGCAGGACCCCCAACCACACCCUUCACCUCAACGAGGCUGUCAAACUGGUUCCACCUCCUGCUGGGAUGUCCUUCUCCAAGGCUGGUGGCCAGCUGAGGCUGCGGGUGCCGCGGCCGCCGUGCCGGAGCCUGAAGCAGCCGCCACAGCACGAGGCUCGCUUCUGCAGGGAGGGAGGCAGCAGCUGGACACAGGUGACAUGUGAGACCGUGAUGGUGACAGCUAAAGAAAACUCAGUGACCUGUGCCCUGGGGGUCCAUGGCACCUUCGUGGUCCAGCUCCGGCACAAGCCUCCCCACUGGAGCAGCUACUGGAGUGACUGGAGCAGCAACAUCUCCAUUCCCGAGGAAAUCCUGAGGAGGCCAGUGCUGAGCCAUCAGCUGGGCAAACUGGGGACAGACGGGCAGCGGGUGCUGAGGCUGAGCUGGCAGCCAGUCCUCAAGGAGCAGAGCAAUGUCACCUACAAGCUGCACGUCACCAUGCUGGCGUGUGGCUGUGCAGGGUCACCUGAGGAGGACACGGUGGCGCUGCCCGGGGAGGUGACAGAGCACAACCUCACCCUCUCCGGGGCGGAAUACCAAAUCCUGCUGACCGCCGCCAACGCCGCGGGGCCGGGGCCGGGGCGGCAGCUCCGUGUGCCGGCAGAGCAGCGCGCAGGUACCGCCCCUGUAGGAACGCCGAGCUCACCCGGCAGCCCUCAGGGCGUUAUUUUUCCCAGCUACCCCGAAUAUCCCCCGUUUCAUCCAGAUCUCAGCUUCAAGGAGAUCAGUAUGGCCGGCAGCGCCGUGAGCGCGCAGUGGGAAGCGCCGGUGGCCGGGGAUGCUUUCUGCUUCGAGCAGCAGGCGCUGGAAGAGCCUCCCAAACAGGGAGUCUGCGUCCGGCAGGGAUUCCCUGCCAACAGCACCCACGUGCAGAGAGGAGCGCUGGGAGCGCCGGGCUGUCACCGCCUCGCCGUGCACGGCUGGGACACGCAGCGUGGCUGGGCCACCUUCGCCCUGGGGCACCGCUACGCCGGCAACGAUUCGCUGGACGUGCCCUUCAACAUCAGCGCCGGGGAUGCCGCGGUUGUGCUCCAAUGGGAGCCGUCCCCACGGGCCGCCUGCCCCGGCGUGCUGGCCAAGUACCUCGUCUGCCACGUGGCCGAGGGGGACAACGUGACCUACAGUGAAGUGGAUGCCACGGCAUCAAACUACACCCUCCAAAACCUCCGGCCUGGCACAGGCUACAGGGUGGGCGUUUGGGAGGUGACAGAGGACAGCGAGAGGACCUGCAGUGCUUGGUGGCCCUUCCAGACCAAGGCGCUGGGUCCCCAGGGAGCACGGUGGAGAGGCAACCUGAACUACCUGGGCAUCUGGCUUGGUGUCCCUGCUGCGGCUGCCAUCUACCACCUGAGCAAAAGGAGGGCUCGCCGCCUGCUCUUCCCACCCCUUCCCAAGCCCGUGGGCACCAAAGCCAUCCAGUUCUCGGCCGGCGACACGAGCCAGGGCCAGCCCCGGACAGGCCUCCUGGAGCCCUCGGAGAGGUUCAGCCCAGCCGAGCUGCUGCUGCCGGAGCCUGAUCCCAGCGAGGACACGGCUGACACGGGCACCGGGAGUGCGGUGCCGCACCCCGACGUGCCGCAGCCCGGCCCCGCGCUGGAAAAGCCGGCGACAGUGGUGACAUCCCCGGCGGGCUGCGGGGAGGAGCUGCCCUUCGCCUACCGCCGGCAGGAGAUGCUGAGCCCGGUGGGGUCUGGCAGCACCAGCUGCACCGGGCACCCACCCCGAGAGGAGGAGGAGGAGGAGGAGGAAGAGGAGGAGGGACGGCAGGGGCUGCACCAGCCGCUGAUCCCCAUCGCCCUGCUCAUCUCCGACAAACCCAUCAUCAUCAGGGAUGAGGAAGGGUGGGAUCCCCCGCCAGAGGAGCGGCUGCCGCAGCCAUCGGCAGGAGGGAGCGGCGGGGGUGGGCACGGGGCGUCCCCUGGAACGCGGAGUGUCUGUGUGGGACGCUGAGUGCCCAGCCCGAGGGUGGCACCGGCACUUCCAGGGGGGUUCUGGUUUCCAGGGCACGGAAGGCGAUGCCUCUGGAUGCAGCACUGCACCGGGACAGGGUUUGGCCACGUAAUUUCCAGCCUCAACCUAAGCAAAAGCAGCUGAAGAGUCUGGCCAGGACCGAGGAUAUUUCCAUGCCUGGACUGGGAGGAGAGGCAGAACUUCAUCCCAGCCGGCUGCUACCUCUGAACCAGUAUCCUGGUGGGGACACAAAAAGCCCCAGCACUAAACACCCGCUACCUACAAAGAAAAAAAAAAUAAACACAAACAUUGAA